AUGCCAGACGCUGCAGCUGAGAGUCCAACAUCUACCCGAGGCUCGAUUGAUCCUGAUGAGGAUCAAACAAAUCAUAUCAAGCUUCCGGCGGAUCUUGAGGCUGCUGUAAUAAGAAUCCUGAAGACUAGUGAUCCUCUGGAUAGUGCUGAUUUCAAUCCUAUCAAAUACAUAAACUUGUUAUUACCAAAUGAACAAUCGUUGUCAUUGAUUGACGUUGCGUCACAGAAACUCCAACAGCAAAUGCGUUUACUAGAGAAUGAAAUAAGAGAGCUAACGAGAAUGCAAAUAAGCGUUGGCGAACAAGGGGUUGAGGAGGUCAUUCAAGCAAAAAAAGCUAUCGAGGAAUUAUUUGAGCGAAUCAAGCAAAUCAAGGAGAAAGCUUCUCAGUCUGAGAUUAUGGUGCAAGAGAUAACGCAAGACAUUAAAUCUCUUGAUUACGCUAAGAGACAUUUGACUAUUUCUAUUACUGCCUUAAAACGUUUGCAAAUGCUAGUCACAGCAGUGGGUCAACUGAGAAUAAUGGCAGAGAUGAAGCAGUACAGGGAGACUGCGCAAUUGCUGCAGGCAGUUUUGCAACUUAUCACGUUUUUUAAGAGCUAUAAAAGCAUUCACCAGAUAGCUGACUUGAUCAAUUCAGUUAACGCCUUCCAGGAUGGUCUGAGGAAACAAAUAUUUCUUGACUUUGAAUCAAGUUUUGCGUCCGAUGGAAGCCUGACUGUCCAAACAGCACCGUUGUCGGAUGGAUGUUUAGUGAUCGAUAUUAUGGGUGCAAACGUCAGAACUCAACUUAUAAAUUGGUACUGCGAGCAGCAGUUACGCGAAUACAAGCGUUUAUUCCGAGGAAAUGACGAGAUUGCCUCUCUUGAGAAUACACCUCGUCGGUAUGCAUGGUUGAAACGAGCUCUCAAGAGUUACGACGAAGAACAUGCUUCCAUAUUUCCGGUUCGUUGGCGUUUGAGUGAAGAAUUAUGUUCUAAAUUCUGUGAAAUUACACGAGAAGAUUUUACCAAAGUUCUUGAGAAAACUGUUGACUUGGAUGUAAAGACUUUGUUGAAAAAUCUGCAAUUGACCAUAGAGUUUGAAGCGCAGAUUGAAAAGAGAUUUAGCUCAAUGAAUGACGCAGAAUCAGAUGAACCCGGUCGGUUUAAAUUCGAAAGGAGUAUUUCCUGUUCUUUUGAACCACAUCUUACAAUAUAUAUAAAAGCGGAGGACAAAUUGCUGUCGGAUAUGAUAACAUCUUACCUUACCGAAUUCAUUCCGGGAGACGAUUCUACAAACUCUGUUCUUCCCUCAAGCAAGGAUUUAUUUUAUUAUUACCGUGAAACGCUUGCAAACUGCGCAAAAUUAUCAACUAGAAAACCGUUUUAUGAUUUAUGCCUGAUAUUUGGGAAAUGGCUGAAGUUGGAAGAGAAAUUAAUCGAGAAAAUUUACGAAGGAUAUAAAAGUAAAGUCAGUCUUGAAGUUGAACGCGAAUCUUUUUUAACGGUAAUCUCGACGGCACUGAAAAUUCUUGUCAAAGGAGUUGAACUAAGUUGUGAACCAGCUCUCUCUUCAAUGUCCCGUAUUCCUUGGGGUACUCUUGAUUCUGUGGGCGAUCAAUCCGAAUACAUAUCCCAGCUUCAGACUAUAUUGAAUCAAUACAUGGUUUUAAUUAAUGAAAAUAUCACAAGUCCAAGAUAUUUCAGAAGUUUUUGUGACAAAUUCGUUGAUUCGUUCUUCUAUCAAAUAAUUAAUAAUCUAGCAAAGUGUAAACCCAUAUCAACAUAUGGCGCCGAACAGAUGCUUCUUGAUAUCCAAUCUUUAAAGACAACUCUCUUGACAUUGCCAAUGAUGAAUUCAGACAGCAUUACACAACAACCAACUACGUUUGUGAAGCUAGUAAAUAGGGGAAUAACAAAAAUAGAAUCCAUCCUAAAGGUCGUUCUCUCGCACGACGAUCCCGAAGCAAUAGUAAACAAUUAUAUUUUACUGAUUAAGGAUAGGAAUGUCAAUAACUUUCAAAAGAUUUUGGAAUUAAAGGGAACAAAAAAAAACGAUCAACAAGCCAUCUCGGACUUAUUCCAGAAACGCGUUGCGCAACAUAAUGAUCUACAAGACAACUCUCCUGUAUUAUCAUCGAUGCAACUGGGAUCUUAUAUAACAAACUCUCUCGCUAACGUUACGACAUUGGCAACAGGAGUGACUACCGACAGGCGGUUUAUUACUGAUAGAGGUGGUGCAGCCGCAACGAAGUUUAAAGUUCUGGCGGGAAAAGUAUGGGGUCGCAAGGAUGGAACGGGGAGUGCAGGUGGAGGAGAAUCGUGGAAGGGUGGUGAAGGGAAGACCGGAUAA